CCUGUCACACCGGAAACACCGACUGUAAGAGUGUGACUUGAUUGAGCAUGCUAUAAACAACUAUUUCCAACUCACAAUGUACAUCUAGUGGAAUGGAAAUAUAGGACCUUUCUCAUGUUGCAAACAGAAGAAAAGUCACAAGAAGAAAUGUGGACAAGACGCAGACCUAAGAGGACUUUCGUUUUACACGCAUAUGGGUUGCCUUUGAGGCGGAUCGUAAUAUGUACGCUCAUAGUGCUUGGUCUCUGGUACGUGCUGAGGCCAUAUUUUAGAAUCAAGCGCAGUCCCUUGGGUCUGCGUGCUCACGACAAGACGCUGUAUUUAGAUGGCGAACCUUUCAAACUGCUGAGUGGCGAAGUGCAUUAUUUUCGGGUCGUACCAGAAUACUGGAAACAUAGCUUGUUAAUGGUGAAAGCUGCGGGCCUUAACACUGUUUCAACGUAUGUACCAUGGAAUUUACAUGAAGAAAUUAAAGGGAAAUUUAAUUUCAAGGAUGGCCUGCUAGACAUCGUACAAUAUUUGCAGCUGGCCCAAGAAGUUGGUCUCUAUGUGGUGCUGAGACCUGGCCCGUACAUCUGUGCGGAGUGGGAAUUUGGUGGCAUGCCCAGCUGGCUCCUCAAUGACCCCAGUAUGAAGGUCCGCAGUACGUACCCUCCAUUCCUGAAGGCUGUAGACAACUACUUCUCAGAGCUGAUACCACUGGUAGCAGGGCUACAGUAUAGCAGAGGUGGACCAAUUAUUGCAUUCCAAAUAGAAAAUGAGUAUGGCGCAUAUGAACAGGACAAAAAGUACUUGGAGGCACUCAAAGAUUCCUUGCUGAAGUAUGGUGUGGAAGAACUAAUGUUAACUGCUGACCCAGCAGAACAUUUAGAGAAGGGAAGUCUGCCUGGAGUUUUACCCACUGCGACCUUUAACACAAUUAGUAGAGGAGACUUAGCAUUUAAGAAUAUUGCUGCUUUGAGCCCUGAAUGGCCAUUGGUUACCAUGGAGUUCUGGCCGGGAUGGUAUGAUGUAUGGGGAAGCAAACAUAACACUAUGAAAGAUGAAGAAAUGGAGGCAGUGUUGUCAUUUAUCUUGAAGUCUGGAUCAUCUGUGAAUUUCUACAUGUUUCAUGGGGGAACCAACUUUGGCUUUAUGAAUGGUGCUUACUACCCCAGCUAUGUUGCAACAGUCACAAGUUAUGAUUAUGAUGCACCAGUUAAUGAACAGGGUGAAGCCAACACUAAGUUCACUAAGAUUAUAGAAACACUUUUCAAAAACGUCCCAGAAUCAGUGUCUUCCACCUUACCACCCAUACCACCUGCCCGCCCUGUGGAGAAAUAUGGUACUCUUGAAAUUGAAAAAUAUUUACUUUUGGAUGACAUGGUAAAACGAAUGAAGGCUAUAUAUGGCAUAGAAGCAGUCCCCAUGGAGUUUCUCGGUCAGGUUAACAAUGGUGGAGGACAAGGCUAUGGGUUUAUUUUGUACAGGACAGAAAUCACCAAAGGUGGAAAACUAAAAUUUUCUGACACUGUCAGAGAUAGGGCUGUGGUCCUUCUGAAUGGGACAGAGAUUGCCACUUUUAACUUGAACAAGAAAGACAUGGUGGUGGCGAUAAAGGGGCCAAAUAAGCCACAGAACAAGACAACUUAUGUUUUAGAUGUAUUAGUUGAAAAUAUGGGCAGACUCAAUAGCAUGGGAUAUUAUAAUGGAACAAAAGUACCAUUUGAGAGUCAAAGGAAAGGUAUAACAAGCACAGUUUACUUGGAUAAAGCAGUGCUGAUAGACUGGGAUCACUAUCCACUGGAGUUCAGGAAACCAUUCCUAACAAGUAUGUUGUCAUCUGGAGACUGGUCCCCCUACAAGGAUGUCGUUGGAACUCCCGGGAUGUUCUACACCAGGUUGACAGUCACGAAACAUCCUCCCUGUGAUACCUUUAUUGACAUGAAAGGCUGGAAGAAAGGAGUGGUAUUUGUGAAUGGGUUUAACCUGGGCAGAUACUGGGAGAUAGGACCCCAGCGUACCCUGUACCUGCCUGGACCUCUACUCAGAACAGGAAAUAAUGAGAUUUUAAUAUUUGAGCUUCAUGGGUCAAAGCCAACCAUCACAUUUAAAGAUAAACCUCAACUUGACCUGUGAAAGCAGGGACAGCUGGAAGCUGUCUUCCAGAAGACGAUCAAAAUUUUUCAAGUUUCCAUUGAUGAGCAUCUAAUUUUUUUCUGAUGGAUGACGGGCCAAAAUGGAGAUGGAUCGACAAAGAUAAAUUGGAAGACUGUCAGAAAAAUAUCUGGAUCCACCCCUGGAAAGUGAGGAAAAAUAUUGGUGACACAUAAAAUGAAAGCUUAGUAAGGGUUGUGUUUCUGCUGCUGGAGGCUACAGACAUGGAAUUUAUAUAUUCAGUAUUAUAGUACCGAGUGAGGAAAAUAUCUUGACAAAGCAAAUUCAAUGAGGACACAAAUUUUUUUCUCAAUUAUUUUUACUGAUACUGAUAAUGAAUGUAUCUUUCUUUUUGGUUCACAAAUAGAGUAAUAAAUUUAUUUGCAUAUCAUCUUAACUUUCAUCAAUAAGUAACUUAUUUUGGAAAGAAGUUGAGAGGAUAUACUGGUACAUCUGUUGAUAACAGGUAGGGUUCAUACAUAUUCUUGUUGCCAAAGAUAUUGCCUUCUUUAAAACUUUACAGAAAACAUAUUUUUAAUGAUGUUUACAAAUUAUGAAUAUUUGAGAAACAAUAUUUUUAACUGAGUAACACUGCU